AGAAACUUGCUUAUUGGACAUUUAUCUGUGGUCAAUUCCCCCUUGGAUACUCCAUUCUUUUGUUGCGUAUAGUUUAUUCCGGUUGAAAUAGUUGAAAAUGUUUUGUUCCACUCAUUCAAUCGAUGCACAUAAUCCCAACUUCCAUUUUGCCUCAAAAGAUAAAGCCUGUUUCAGUCGAUACGCGUAUUUCAACCGGAUUUAGGAAAUAGAGUACAUAUGGAUUGCCUCAAUGGUUCUGCCCGUCUCAUGAUAGUUUCAGAUCUUGAUUCUACAAUGGUUGAUCAUGAUGAUCUGGAUAACCUCUCUCUUCUUAGAUUUAAUGCAUUAUGGGAAGCCUAUUACCGUCAUGAUUCUUUGCUUGUGUUCUCAACGGGAAGGUCACCUACAAGUUACAAGAAGUUGAGGAAUAAGAAACCCUUGUUGACCCCUGAUAUAACCAUAAUGUCAGUGGGAACUGAGAUUGCAUAUGGUGAAUCAAUGGUACCAGACACUGCCUGGACACAAUAUCUGAACCAGAAGUGGAACAGAGACAUAGUCACACAGGAAACGGCCAAGUUUCCAGAACUUACUCCCCAGUCGGAAAAGCAGCAACGACCACACAAAGUUAGCUUUUACGUGGAGAAGGCUAAGGCCUGGGAAAUAAUCAAUGUUCUCCCUAAACGUCUGGAGGAACAUGGUUUAGAUGUAAAAAUAAUUUAUAGCAGCGGGAUUGCAUUGGAUAUAUUACCACAAGGUGCUGGCAAAGGGCAGGCUCUUGCAUAUCUGCUUAAAAAUUUCAAAGUUGAUGGAAAAGUGCCUAUGCAUACUCUUGUUUGUGGUGACUCCGGAAAUGAUGCCGAACUGUACAGCGUUCCUGAAGUCUAUGGUGUGAUGGUUAGCAAUGCACAGGAAGAAUUGUUGCAGUGGUAUACACAAAAUGCCAAGAAUAAUCCUAAUAUAAUUCAUGCCACUGAGAGAUGUGCAGCUGGGAUCAUACAAGCCAUUGGUAAUUUUUGUCUGGGACCAAAUGUAUCUCCAAGAGAUAUUAGAGACUUUCAAAAAUGCAAAGUAGACAUUUUUAGUCCUAGUCAUGAAGUAGUGAAGUAUUAUUUGUUUUAUGAGAGAUGGCGACGUGCAGAAGUUGAGAAGUCUGAGCAGUACGUGCAAAAUCUAAAGUCAGUAUUUUGUCCAUUGGGUAUUUUUGUCCAUCCCUCUGGAGGUGAGAAACCUUUCCACCAGUGUAUAGAUUCUAUGGCAAAAUUGUAUGGGGACAUGCAGGGACACCAAUUUCGGGUAUGGGUGGAUCGAAUAUCUUCUGCACAAAUUGGUUCAGACAUAUGGUUGGUGAAGUUUCAUAAGUGGGAGUUAUCUGGGAUUGAGCUACAGUGCUAUGUGACAACAGUCUUAAUGAGCUUAAAGGCUGAGCUACCAGAUGGUUUCAGCUGGGUGCAUGUGCAUCAGACUUGGUUGGAUGGUUCACGAGCAAGAGACCAGACAGUUUGGUGUUUCUAGGUUUCCAACUAGUUCAACAUUUAUUGUUAAACCCACUUUAGAUUUCUGCAUCCAGGGCAUUGCUAUAUUCUUAACCAAGGUUGUCAAAAUCGGGAUCCUACGUAGGUUCAUGAGAGGUAGGUAGGAUCGUGGAUUAUAGGAUUGGAUCGUGGAUCAUAAGAUCUUAUAUUAUUUGAGAAAAAAACAAAAAAUACACAUUGGUAUAUUAAAUAAUCACAUAAAUUAUACAUUCAUUGAUAUAA